CCCAACAUGUUGAUUCGAUUAGCAAUUCUACAUCCAAGGCCCAAGGGUGGUAACAAAACCAAUACAAGUACGAAAAGUGGACUUUCAAUUCCCUCAAGUGUAAAACCUGCAAGCUUCCAACUCAUGUACUUAUGUGACUAUGUCCUCUUGCAAAAUUCAUUCAAAGAUUCUCUCUUUUACACCACCACAAUAAAAAGAAAAACACACAUCACUAAAAAAACAGACUAGUAAUAAUAAUUGUACACUAGUACAGUUACUACAAUAUUAAUACUUGUACUCUUGUAGUAUUGUACACCUUUUCUAUAUUUGGGUCAUUCUUUGACCCACCCCUCUAAACCCCCCAACUCCUCCUCCAUCAUUAUCACCAAACAAACAAACCACUACUCCUCCUCACACUUCUGGUUACCAAAACAACCUCACCAAAAACUCCUCCAUUUCUUCAACCUCUCUUUUCUCCCUUUUCUUUCAUUUACACCCCUUUCCCUCCUCCAUGAGUUCAGAAGAGUUUACGACUCUCUAAAAUGUCAAAAACGGCCCUGAACACGUUUUCCCCUCUGCUAUUCGUAAUCAUUCUCUCCUUACAACUCGACCAGCUCGUUUCCCUCAACACAGAUGGAACCUUCCUUCUUUCCCUCAAAUACUCCAUCCUCAACGACCCAUUAUCAGUACUCGACUCAUGGGAUUAUCUCGACGAAACUCCUUGCACUUGGAGCGGCGUCGUUUGCACCCCUGAUCAACGUGUCAUCACCUUAGCCCUUCCCAACAGUCAGCUCUUGGGUUCUAUACCGUCUGAUCUCGGCCUCAUUGAACAUCUCCAACACCUCGACUUAUCCAAUAAUUCCUUCAAUGGUACUUUACCACCCACCCUCUUCAACUCUUCUGAACUUCAGCUACUUUCUCUCUCCUCCAAUGAAAUUUCCGGGGGUAUUCCUGUCUUUUCACACUCUUCCCUGAGCUUCCUCAAUCUCUCCGAUAACGCAUUUGGUGGGCCCCUUCCCGUUAAUUUCACCUCUAGUUUCGAUAAUUUGACGGUUUUGUCCCUGAAGGGGAAUUACUUUUCCGGUAAUGUCCCUUCCGGUUUUCCGCAUUCUAUUGAAAUUCUCGACCUCUCUUCCAAUCUCUUCAAUGGCUCGUUACCGGCUGAUCUCGGAGUGGGGUCCUCUUUAAGGUACUUAAAUCUGUCUAACAAUAAAAUCUCCGGCGAAAUUCCGGCGGAUUUUGCCGGAGAUGUUCCGGGAAACGCCACCAUUGAUGUGUCUUACAAUAACUUGACGGGUCAAGUCCCGGGGUCGAAACCUUUCAUGGAUCAAAACCCGGAGUUUUUCUCCGGGAAUCAAGAGUUGUGUGGGAAGCCAUUGAAGAAUUUGUGUGUUAUCCCUUCUACACUUUCCACCCCACCUAAUGUCUCUGCUUCAAUUUCCCCUGCCAUUGCCGUGAUUCCAAAACCCAUCGACAACUCGAACUCAAACUCAGACUCAGACUCAGACUCGAACUCGGGUGGUCACAACAAUGGUCUAAAACCAGCUGCUAUUGUUGGAAUUACGGUAGCUGAUUUAGCUGGAGUUGGGAUUUUAGGGGUUGUUUUCUUUUAUCUUUAUCAGCUAAGAAAUAAGAGGGUUAAACAACAACAAAGUCCAGAAAAAGAUUUCAAUAAUAUUAGUAGUAGUAAUAAUAAUCUUCCUCCAGGAAAGAAAGCGCCAACAACGUUAGGAAAUGAUCAUUUCUUGGUUCAAAUUAACAGUAGUGCAACAACAGUGGUUCCAAACAACAAGCUGCACAAAAAGUGUUUCACUUAUUGCAUCAAAGGAGGAGAUCAAAGUGAAGAAGGGGCAACAACAGAUACUAGAACAAGUUCGGAAAGCGAAAACGAUGGUUCCGAUGAUGACAAUGACGAUCAGAAGAAGCGAGAGAAUGGAGAGAAACCGAGUGAUAGUUCCGGCGGCGGAGGUGGAGGAGGGGGAGGAUCGUUGGUGAUGGUGGACGGCGAGACAGAGCUCGAAGCCGAGACGUUGUUGAAGGCGUCGGCGUAUAUAUUGGGUGCUAGUGGGUCAAGUAUUGUGUACAAAGCAGUGUUACAAGAUGGAACUACAUUUGCUGUUAGGAGGUUAGGAGAGAUUGCAAUUCACAAGUUGAGGGAUUUUGAAGGACAUAUUAAGGCUAUUGCUAAGAUUAGGCAUCCAAAUUUGGUUCUUGUUCGUGGCUUUUAUUGGGCAUCGGAUGAAAAGCUUGUCAUUUAUGAUUAUAUUUCUAAUGGCAGCCUUGCUACUUCUGCUUACAAGAAGAGUGGUUCGACGCCAUAUCAUUUACCGCUAGAAGCUCGGCUAAGGAUUGCAAGAGGACUUGCUAGGGGAUUAAACUAUAUUCACGACAAGAGAUAUGUACAUGCUAACAUCAAACCAAGUAACAUUCUCCUAACACAAGACAUGGAACCUAUCAUAAGUGACCUUGGGCUCAGCUGGCUUGUUUAUGGUAUCAACAAAGGAAGUGGCUCGGCUCGACAGUUUGGGAGCAAAAGAUCCAUGGGCUCGUAUGACGGUACCCAAGAUCUCUCGGUGAGUGGCAGCCCGUAUAUCAACCCGUUUGGAAAUACGAACGGAGUUGGAUCACCUUACCACGCACCCGAAUCGUUGAAGAACCUCAAGCCUAACCCAAAAUGGGAUGUGUACUCAUUUGGGAUAGUGUUGCUUGAACUUCUAACUGGUAAAGUAUAUUUGGACAGGGAAUUGGGCCAAUGGACCCCAAGUUCUGGGCUUGAGGAUAGAUAUUGGGUUUUAAGGAUAGCUGAUGUUGCACUUAGGGCUGAAAUACAGGGCAAAGAAGAAGCUAUGAUGAGCAUAUUUAAAUUAGGGUUUAGUUGUGCAUCUUUGGUGCCCCAAAAGAGACCCUCUAUGAAAGAAGCUCUCCAAGUCCUUGAGAAGGUCUCACUAUCUUUUGUUCAUUGAUGUAUUUUCUUGGACUAUAAGAAUUUAAUAUAUAAUUCCCUACCUCUUUUUAUUUUUUUUUAUGUAGUACAAGAAUGUCCAUCUUUUUUACUUGUCUUUUCACAGAAUAGUGAAAAGGAGUGUGUGAAUAGUUGAUGCACGAGUGCUGUGUGAAUUUUUACUUAAAUUAUGAUUUAUUUAUUUUUUUAUAAAAUUAACUAUUUGUAGUAGUAACUUUGUAUUGUGAGGAAGAAAACAAAAUUUGUUAAUUCUGAAAGAUUAAAGACUUACGCCUUAUUGUAUUUACUUUAUCUAAUAUGAACUUAUAUAAAAUU